AUGAAGGAGAAGAAGGAGGAGGCGGUGUGCGUGACUGGAGCCAAUGGGUUCAUAGGGUCAUGGUUGGUGAAGACUUUACUGGAAGAGGGCUACACCCGCAUCCACGCCUCCGUCUAUCCUGCCUCCGACUCCUCCCACCUCCUCAACCUCCCUGCUGCCUGUGGCCUCCCUCCUCACGACAUCAAUAUCACCAUCUUCGAGGCCGACCUCCUCGACGCCGACGCCGUCGCCAGAGCCAUCGAGGACUGCCACGGUGUCUUCCACGUGGCGUCCCCUUGCACCCUCGAGGACCCCACCGACCCCCAGGCUGAGCUAGUGCUGCCCGCGGUCCAGGGCACGCUCAAUGUCCUCCAAGCCGCCUUGCGCUUCGGCGUCAGGCGCGUCGUCCUCACCUCCUCCAUCUCUGCCAUGGUCCCCAACCCCUCUUGGCCCCCCAACAAGCCCUUCGAUGAGUCCUCCUGGACCGACAUCGAUUACUGCAAAGCCCGCCAGAAAUGGUAUCCGGUGUCAAAGACACUGGGUGAGAAAGCAGCGUGGGAUUUUGCAGAGAAGCAUGGAUUGGAUGUAGUGGCCAUCCAUCCAGCCACAUGUCUUGGGCCGCUCCUGCAGCCUAGCACUCUCAAUGCAAGCUGUGCUGUUUUGCUCAACUUGCUUCACGGUUCUGACGAUACCCAAGAGUAUCACUGGUUGGGGGCUGUCCAUGUUCAAGACGUUGCCAAGGCACAACUUUUGCUAUUUGAGACUCCUGCUGCUUCUGGCAGGUACCUUUGCACCAAUGGUACCUUCCAAUUUUCUCACUUUGCUGACACGGUCUCCAAACUCUAUCCUCAAUUUCCACUUCACAGGUUUAGUGAGGAAACCCAACCAGGCCUAAAGGAAUGCAAGGAUGCUGCAAAGAGGUUGAUCGAUCUGGGGAUGGUCUUUAAACCAGUUGAAGAUGCUGUCAGGGACACAGUGGAGAGCCUCAAAGCUAAAGGCUUUUUGAAGCAGGAAAUGUACCCAUCCAAUUAA